UAAAAAAAAAAAACCUGGAAUGUAUAUGCAGCAGAGGUACACGCCUCUACAUGUCGCUAAACUCAGUUUACGGCGAAUCGGACAUGACAUCAAACUGUGAAUGCGGCUGUUUUCCGCAUUCCACAACCGCCGGUUAUCCUCCGGGCCGCGCACCGCGCAUCACGCAUCACGCACUGUGGGACAUAGAAAAGGAGAGCUGGCAGCAGAGUAUGGGACACACGGUUCAUGGGAACAGCUGACCUGGAAGACAAGCAGUUUCACUGGGUCUAACUCUGGUGUAUGUGGAGUUUGGAGGAGCAUGAAUUCUUUCUCUCUUGGAGUUCGCUGUUAGGCAGAAGUGGACUAACAAAAGACCAGGAGGACUUAAGGAGACGAGAACUGAAGCAACAUGGCAGUCUUCAAACCUGAAAAUGUGGAAGACUUCUAUGAGAUUGGGGAAGUUCUGGGAAGUGGGCAUUUUGCUCAGGUUCGACAGGUUCAUGAGCGAGCCACUGGGACUUGUUGGGCAGGAAAAUUUCUGAAGAUCCGGAAAAACGCAUGCAGCCGUCUGGGCCUGGAGAAGACCAGUGUGGAGCAGGAAGUGGAGAUCCUCCAGGCUCUACAACACCCCAACAUUGUGACCCUCAAAGACGUUUUUGAAAGCCGAGCUGAGGUUGUGCUCAUUCUAGAGCUUGUUAGUGGAGGGGAGUUGUUUGACUUCAUUGCUGAGAAGGAGAACCUGCUGGAGAGUGAGGCUAUUGAGUUCAUGAAGCAGAUCCUGGAGGGACUGGGAUUCAUGCACGGCAAGAACAUUGUCCACUUCGACCUCAAGCCAGAAAACAUCAUGCUAUCAGACAGAGUGACACCACACCCCAACAUCAAACUGAUCGACUUCGGCCUGGCCCACCGUGUUCAUCAGGGGGAGGAAUACAGGAGCUCAAGUGGCACUCCACAGUACAUCGCCCCUGAGGUGAUCAACAGUGAACCUCUGGGUGCAGCAGCAGAUAUGUGGAGCACCGGAGUUAUAACCUACAUACUAUUGAGCGGUUUGUCACCAUUCCAAGGUGAUACUGAUGAAGAGACUCUGAAGAACAUCCUUGUCAUGAACUACGAGUUUCCUCCACAUUAUUUCAACAUGGCAAGCUCCAUGGCCAAAGACUUCAUCCAGAAACUCUUGGUGAAAAACCCCAAUGAUAGAAUGACAGCUGAGGAGUGUCUGCUUCAUCCUUGGAUUAAGCCAAUCACACGCAAACAGUUGGCCAAUAGGAAUCGAUCCUCAAUCAAUAUGAAGAACUUCAAGAAGUUCAACGCCAGAAGGAAAUGGAAGAUGUCCUAUAACAUGGUUUGGAUGUGUAACCGGCUGGCACAUCUGAGAGUGCUGUGUAAGGGCAGCCCGGAUCCAGAUCCUCUAGAGAGACAAUGUGAAAGCGAUGUAGAGGACACAGAAAGCAAGCCUGCCUCUCUGCUGCGUCGAAGACUCAGUAGCAGCUCAUAGAGCUGAGCAGAGGAAGGCAGAAGAGUCAAGGAUGCUCAGCAGAACAGAACGGUCAAGCCCAUAAAGGGAAAUAGAGGACAAAAUAUUGUAAAGUGGUCCACACUGUCUCAGAAGUGCUUGGGUUGGUAGUGUCCAAUGAGUUAACACUGCCUCAUCUGACGAGCAUUUCCUUAUGAAAGACCUUCAGGGGAACUUCAACCGAGCUGCUUUCAAGUCAUUGUCACUGAGGAUACAUGUCUUUAAGGAUUAUUGUUCUGAAGUUUAAAAUGUAUUCCUGUUGCUACUGAUUUUGAGAAACUUGUUGAUAACACAAUGUGAACAGAAAUGCUUUAGGUAGAACAGUAUUUCUUCAAAACAGAAUGUAAAAUAAAUUUGAUGUCCAAGUCUUCCACUACUUUGACAUGAAUGGCAAUGUUGUCAUCUAUGUUCAGCCAUGAAAUUCUGUGUUGUGAUGUAACAUGAGUGCACAACACAUAAAAUGAGGAACAGUAAAAAAUAAAAUUAAAAACUCUUUAACAAGUGCUAACUGAAAGGACUUUUUUUUCAUAGCUCUGGCCAUCACUAAUCAGUUAUGAAAACAUCGUACCCAACAAGUACAUAGCUGAGAUCCUGAAACAAAGUGAAGUCAAGUAACUUGAGUAGUCAGGGAGGUUGAAACAAACCUCAUAUAAAACAAAGAUUACAUUAAUCCAAUAACACUUUUU